AUGACCACCGGCGUUUCGAGCACCGACUGCGCCCACUCGGGCGACACGACGUGCACGCAGCGCAACGGCGGCGGCGCCGACGGAUCGCGGUGGUGCGCCAGCGAGACCGGCGGGUGCUGCCUCCGCGUCCAGCCGCCGGCCAAGAAUCAGUUCGGAUGCUGCACCUCGCUUGACGUGCACAACUUUUACGACUGCGGCAACUCGUGGUGCCCGUGUAGCGACGACUGCAAGGGCAUCCUCAACGACUACUGCGCCAGCACCGACAACAUCGCCGGACCGACGUGUCAGCUGUUCUGCUCCAAGGUCGAAAACAAGGCCCUGUGCGAUCCCACAAUGCGCAAAUACUGCGAGACGGUGGCGGCGCCUAGCGAUCCCCUGUGCGCGUGCAUCCGAUCCGACAAGGACGGCAUCCCGGCACCCUCGUGCUUUUCGGCGCCGUGCACGUCCGGCGGCUACCAGACGCUCGAUCACGUCAACCAGGCGACACGGUGUCCGGAUUUUUGCGGGGCCAUCAUCGAUUGCGCCUGCACGGAUGGGUGCGAGAUCAACGACAACAGCUUCGAGACCUACUGCUGCCAGCGCCAUCCCGACCUGUGCAAAAACAACGGUGGCGGCGACGGAGACAGCUUUUGGUCGCGAUUCGUCCAGUUCUGGACCGCCAACACGCAACGCAAGAUCAUCGGCGGCGGUAUCCUUGUGUUGGCGAUUGUAAUGCUCGUUGUCUUGGGUUCGACAGACACACCGGAGCGUCGGUACGUCGAGGGCGCGUCGAACGCCCCGGCGAUGGUACGCGACAUCUCGGCAACGGCGUCGUCGCAUCGAUGGAUGAUGGCGUGGACGAAGCUCCAUGUCGGCGGUACGAUGUCGCGUCGUCGCCGCAAAGUAGCACAGCUCGAUGUCCUCGACGUAGUCGCCAAUGGGCUCGAUGUGUUUCUUGGCGCACUCGGGCAGCAGAUCGUAGCUCUUCUGAUCGUACUUGAGCAUCUUGCCGUGGGGCAGUUUGAAUCGCGGGAUGACGCACGCCAGUUCCCGUAG